AUGACCCAGCUCCCAGCUCCCAGCUACCAGCUCCCACCAGCUCCCACCAGCUCCAGCUCAAACCCCAGCCCCGGCCGGCGGGGUAGCAAGAACGCUGCACUGAAUUCCUCGCUGGUUGAAUCUCGCGUCAUCAUCCACCCAGCGACCCUCGACCCAGGCAUCGCGCAUCAAAGUGAAGAGCACAGCACACCAAUAGGCACAGGCGUAAGGCGCAGGGACGAUAGCAUCAGCUCCGGUGUCCUCUGCCAUCUGGUGUGGCCGGUUGCCCUUGGCCCUGCUCAACGCUCGGGCGCUCAUCUCUAG